AUAGAAAGGUGAAGCUGGGUGGCUCCUUCCUCCUCCCUUUCCUAACAGAAGUAAUGAGAUGAAGUUCCUCCAGGUGCAUGUUUGCUGUUUCCUAGGCCUCUGGGCCAUUGUAGUAGCUCAGGAACCAGAAUACAGCUAUGGAUGUGCAGAAGGGAGCUGCUAUCCAGCUACUGGAGACUUGCUGAUUGGCCGAGCUGACAAGAUAAGUGUCACCUCCACAUGUGGGCUCCGAAAGCCUGAACCAUACUGCAUUGUUAGCCACCUUCAGGAGGACAAAAAAUGUUUCACAUGUGAUUCAAGGUACGAAUUCCAUGAGACGCUCAACCCUGAUAGCCAUCUCAUUGAAAAUGUGGUGACAACCUUUGCUCCAAACCGUCUUAAGCUGUGGUGGCAGUCAGAAAAUGGAGUAGAAAAUGUAACUAUCCAGUUGGAUCUGGAGGCUGAAUUCCAUUUCACUCAUCUCAUUAUGACCUUCAAGACAUUUCGCCCAUCUGCAAUGCUGAUCGAAAGAUCCUCAGAUUUUGGGAAAACGUGGCAAGUGUAUAGAUAUUUUGCCUAUGAUUGCGACAAUUCAUUCCCAGGUGUUUCCAUUGGACCUAUGAAGAAAGUAGAUGACAUUAUUUGUGAUUCCCGGUAUUCUGACAUUGAACCUUCAACUGAGGGCGAGGUAAUUUAUCGUGCUCUGGAUCCUGCUUUUAGGAUAGAUGACCCAUAUAGCCCAAGGAUUCAAAAUAUGUUAAAAAUCACAAAUUUAAGAAUCAAAUUUACCAAACUACACACACUGGGAGACAACCUUCUUGAUUCUAGAAUGGAAAUCAGAGAAAAAUAUUAUUAUGCCAUUUAUGACAUGGUGGUCCGUGGGAAUUGCUUCUGUUAUGGACAUGCCAGUGAGUGUGCACCAGUGAAUGGACAUGAUGAAGAGGUGGAAGGAAUGGUCCACGGCCACUGUAUGUGCAGGCACAACACCAAGGGCUUAAACUGUGAGCAGUGCUUGGACUUCUACCACGAUUUGCCGUGGCGACCUGCUGAAGGACGCCACAGUAAUGCAUGCAAAAAAUGCAAUUGCAAUGAACAUUCUACACAGUGCCAUUUUGAUAUGGCUGUUUAUAUUGCUACUGGAAAUAUCAGUGGUGGAGUGUGUGAUGACUGUCAGCAUAACACAGUGGGGCGUAACUGUGAGCAGUGCAAGCCUUUCUACUUCCAGCAUCCAGAGAGAGAUAUCCGGGAUCCCAACAUUUGUGAACCAUGUGACUGUGAUCCAAUUGGCUCCCAGAAUGGUGGAACAUGUGAUCGCUACACUGACUACUCAACUGGUCUUAUUGCUGGACAGUGCCGUUGUAAAUUAUAUGUGGAAGGGGAACGUUGUGAUUUCUGUAAAGAAGGAUUCUAUGGAUUAAGUUCUGAUAAUCCUCUUGGUUGUCAGUCUUGUGCAUGUAAUCCUUUGGGCACACAUCCUGGAGAGAACCCUUGUGACUCUGAGACAGGAAACUGCUAUUGUAAACGUCUUGUUACAGGAAAGCAGUGUGAUCAGUGUCUGCCUCAACAUUGGGGGCUGAGCAAUGAUAUGGAUGGGUGUCGACCAUGUGAUUGUGAUCAAGGAGGAGCACUGAACAAUAACUGCUCAAGCGAAUCUGGCCAAUGCCAGUGCAGGCUCCAUAUGAUUGGCCGUCAGUGCAAUGAAGUGGAACCAGGGUAUUUUUUCAUUUCUUUAGAUCAUUACGUCUAUGAAGCGGAGGAAGGCAUUUUUGGCCCUGGAGUGAGCAUAGUUGAGCGUCAGUAUUCUCAGGAUCGUAUACCUUCAUGGACUGGAAUAGGAUUUGUAAGAGUUCCUGAAGGAGCAUAUCUGGAAUUCUACAUAGACAAUAUCCCAUACUCUAUGGAGUAUGAUGUUCUGAUUCGCUAUGAACCACAGUUACCAGAUCAAUGGGAAAAAGCUAGUAUCACUGUAUAUCGGCCCGGCAGAAUUCCGACUAGCAGCAGAUGUGGCAAUACAGUUCCUGAUGAUGACAAUCAAGAGGUAUCAUUAUCUCCAGGUUCAAGGUAUGUAGUCCUUCCACGUCCAAUAUGCUUUGAAAAGGGGCUGAAUUACACUGUUCGCUUGGAGCUGCCACAGUACUCCUUAAAUACCGAGGUGGAAAAUCCAUACACACUCAUUGAUUCACUUGUUCUCAUGCCAUUUUGCAAAUCACUGGACAUGUUCACUGUUGGAGGCAGAGGUGAUGAUGUAACGACUAACAGCGCCUGGGAAACCUUUCAAAGAUAUCGCUGCCUGGAGAACAGCAGGAGUGUUGUUAAAACACCUAUGACUGAUGUUUGCAGGAAUAUGAUUUUUAGUAUCUCAGCUCUGUUGCAUGAGACAGCGCUAUCUUGCCAGUGUGACCCACAAGGCUCAUUAAGUUCUGUAUGUGAUCCUAAUGGAGGCAAUUGCCAGUGUCGGCCAAAUGUUGUUGGAAGAAGAUGUGACAAAUGUGCUCCUGGAACCUUUGGAUUUGGACCGAGUGGAUGCAAAUCUUGUGAGUGCCAUGCCCAAGCUUCUGUUAAUGCGUUUUGCCACCCGGAGACUGGACAGUGCCACUGUUUCCAUGGAAUAUAUGGCCGGCAGUGUGACAGAUGUUUGCCUGGUUACUGGGGAUUUCCAAGCUGCCAACCCUGCCAGUGCAAUGGCCAUGCAGAUGAUUGUGAUCCAUAUAGUGGACAAUGCUUGAACUGCCGUGAUCACACCUCUGGCCACAACUGUGAAAGGUGCCUUGGUGGUUAUUAUGGAGAUCCUGUCUUGGGAUCCGGAGAUCACUGCCGUCCUUGUCCUUGUCCAGAUGGACCAGAAAGUGACCGCCAGUUUGCCAGUGGCUGUUAUCAAGACCGUAUUACACUCCAGGUGGUGUGUGUCUGUGAAAAGGGAUAUAAAGGGAGCAGAUGUGGGGAAUGUGCUUCUGGUUUCUUUGGAAAUCCUGAAGAUGUCGGUGGGAAUUGCCAGCCCUGCCAGUGCAACAACAAUAUUGACUCAAGUGAUCCAGAAGCUUGUGACAAGAGGACUGGAUUGUGCCUGAAGUGCUUGUAUCACACUGAGGGUGAAAACUGCCAACUGUGUAAACAUGGUUAUUAUGGACAGGCUCUUCAACAGGAUUGUAGAAAGUGUGUCUGCAAUUACUUGGGAACUGUACGUGAGCGUUGUGACAGCUCUGAAGACUGUGAGUGUGAGAAAGAAACUGGUCAGUGCCAAUGUCUUCCUAAUGUGAUUGGACAGAACUGUGACCACUGUGCCCCAAACACAUGGAAAUUGGCCAGUGGGAUUGGGUGUGAACCGUGUGCCUGUGAUACUGAACGUUCCUUUGGCUCAUCUUGUAAUGAGUUUUCUGGGCAAUGCCAAUGCAUGCCAGGAUUUGGAGGACGCACCUGUAAUGAAUGCCAGGAGCUUUUCUGGGGUGAUCCUGGUGUGGACUGUCAAGCUUGUGAUUGUGAUCAGCGUGGCAUUCAGACCCCCCAGUGCAACCGCACGACUGGCCAGUGCAUCUGUAACGAGGGAGUUGAGGGACCCCGUUGUGACAAAUGCACCCGAGGCUACGCUGGCACCUUCCCAGACUGUGCACCUUGCCACCAGUGUUUUGCUCUCUGGGACAUCAUCAUUAGCGAGCUGACUAACAGGACGCAGAGAUUCCUGGAAAGAGCAAAAGCCCUGAAAAUCACAGGGGUCAGCGGUCCUUACCAACAGACACUCAACUCUGUGGAGGCAAAAUUGAAUGAGAUUAAAAGUAUCAUUGCUCAAAAUCCUGCUGCUGAGCCUCUUAAGAACAUUGGAAAUCUCUUCGAGGAAGCAGAGAAGCUAACAGCAGAUGUUACUGAGAAGAUAGCUGAAGUAGAAGAAAAAGUAUCCAAGGUGGCAGCAGAAAGUAAUAUCACAGAAGGUCAACUAAGUGCCUUGGAGGCAGAUGCAAAAAGCCUAGACAAUGUUGUAAAAGAACUUGCAGAACAACUGGAGUUCAUAAAAAUCUCUGAUGUUCGGGGAGCCUUGGACAGCAUCACCAAAUAUUUCCAAAUGUCCCUGGAUGCAGAAAAGAGAGCCAAUGCCUCAGCUCUUCUUCCUGGAAGUACAGUAGAGCAGUCAGCUGAAAUGCGGCUAGAAGUGGAAAGUAUGAUCAAUGAGACGGAGACGGAGUUCAAGGCUAAGCAAGAAGAACAGUCGCGCCUCUUGGAUGAACUCGCGGGCAAGCUGCAAAGUCUGGAUCUUGCAGAAGCGGCUGAGAAGACAUGUGGAACUCCCCUCGGGCCUUCCUGUGCAGAUUCAGAAUGUGGUGGUCUGAGCUGCCGAACUGAAGAUGGAAAGAAGAAGUGUGGAGGACCAGGCUGUGAUGGAUUGGUUACCGUGGCCCACAAUGCCUGGCAGAAAGCUAUGGAUUUCGACAGAGACAUACUCAGUGCUUUGGCAGAAGUUGAACAGCUCUCAAAAAUGGUCUCAGAAGCGAAACAAAGAGCCGAUGAAGCAAAGCAAAAUGCACAAGAAGUUCUGCUAAAAACCAACGCCACCAAGAAGCAAGUGGACAGGAGCAACGAGGAUCUGAGGAAUCUUAUUAAGCAGAUCAGGGACUUUCUGAUGAAAGACAGUGCUGAUCUCGACAGCAUUGAGGCAGUUGCCAAUGAAGUGCUCAACAUGGAGAUGCCCAGCACACCUGAGCAGUUACAAGCACUGGCGGAGAACAUCCGUGAGCGGGUGGAGAGUCUUUCUGAUGUCGAGACUGUCCUACAGCAGAGUGCUGGAGAUAUAGCAAGGGCAAAGAUACUCUUAGAUGAAGCCAAAAAGGCCAGUAAAAGUGCAACAGAUGUUAAAGUCACUGCAGACAUGGUGAAAGAGGCUCUUGAGGAAACUGAAAAAGCCCAGUCUGCAGCUGAAAAGGCCAUCAGACUAGCAGAUGCAGAUAUUCAAGGAACACAAGACCUGCUUACCUCUAUUGAAUCUGAAACGACGGCAUCGGAAGAAAAUCUGAACAACGCUACGCUGCGUAUCGCUGAACUAGAGAAGAAUGUGGAGGCACUUAGACAAAAGGCGGCCACAAACACAGAGGACAUUCAAGCCACGGAAGAAACCGUUGCUACUGUGAAUCAAACUACUGCAGACAUUCAACAAGUACUAGAUAAUGAUGUGGACAAGAAGUAUAAAACGGUAGAAAGCUUAAUAGCCAAAAAAACAGGAGAAUCUGCAGAUGCCAGGAAGAAAGCAGAAGCACUACAGAACGAAGCUAAAAUACUGUUAGAUCAAGCAAACAGCAAACUUCAGCAGCUCAAAGAACUCGAAGAUACAUAUGAAAAGAAUCAAAGAGUCCUGGAAGACAAAGCCAAGCACGUGGUACAACUGGAAGAAACAGUCCGUAGCCUUUUGCAGGCCAUCAGCCAAAAAGUUGCAGUUUACAGUACCUGCUAGUAAUUGAAAAAGGGAACAAAAAUCCUAGGAAAAAAGAAACGUAAAUCCGAAGACAAGUCUUAAACUGAUAUGAGAGCUGAUAACCUGACUGAAUUCCAGUUUUAAAACCAAAGAUUUUCCUCUUUUGCUUUAUAAAAUAAAACAGUACUUUUAUAACAAAGUAUAUGAUUCAUUUAACCAAUGUUACUUUCAUUAUCCCAAAUGAUUAACCCUUUUAUUCUGCUAAUAAAAUCUUAGCUUCAAAGAUGGGAUUUUAACAAAUUAGUUUUAAUUUAGCAUAUGUCGCUUUCUCAUCUUGGAACAUUGCA